ACGUCCAAAAAUGCUCUACUUAAGUAUUUGAAUAAAAUCAAAUGAGAAUAUGCAGGUCAAUAUUACUUCACUCUCCCGCCAAAAAAUCAUGUCCAUCAUUCACAACUCAAAACAAGCCAACCAAUUUCACGAAAUUCUCCAAAUUCACGCAUUCCUUAUAAAAACUUCACUUCAAUCCAACAACUUCAUAAUCACAAACCUCCUUCGCAAAUUCCCCGUAAACGUCCCCGAAAAUAUACGUUAUGCACGUAACGUGUUCGACGAAAUGCCAAGCCCAGACACUUUUCUUUGGAACACUAUGAUUAGAGCUUACUUGAAUACCCAAAACCAUGUUGAGUGUCUGCCUUUGUUUAUCAAAUUACGUCGUCAAGAAAACCUUGAAUUAGAUAGUUUUAGCUUGUCGCUUGUGGUUCAAGCGUGUGGGAGGUCGGGUUUUGUAAAAAACGGUAAAACGAUACAUACCCAGGUGGUGAAACUUGGGUUUGGUUGUGAUUUGUUUGUUCAGACGGGUUUGGUUGAAAUGUAUGUGAAGUUUGGGUGUGUGGUGUUUGCUAGGAAAGUUUUUGGUGAAAUGAAAGAUCCGGACUUGGUUUCGUAUAAUGUAUUGUUGGCAGAAUAUGUGAGAAUCAGGGAAAUGGGUUUAGCUAGAAAAGUGUUUGAUAGUAUGUUGAUAAGAGACUUGGUUUCGUGGAAUACCAUGAUUCAUGGUUAUGCUUCGUUUGUACAUAUGGGUAUGUCGGCUAGUACAGUAUGUGAUACUGAAAUGGCAGUUGAAUUGUAUGAUUGCAACAUGUCCCGUGAGGCUUUGAGGCUUUUUCAUGAGAUGCAGUUGGGUAAAUUUUUACCUGAUAAAAUUACGGUUGUUAGUGUGUUGUCUGCAUGUGGAGAUUUGGGUGCUUUAGAUAUGGGUAAGACGGUUCACAAGUACAUAGAGAAAAACCAAAUUGAAGUAGAUAUUCAGCUCGGGACUUCUUUAGUCAACAUGUAUGCAAAAUGUGGGGAUAUCGACAAUGCAUCAAAGGUUUUUAAUGGCAUGAAAAAAAGGGACGUGUCUUUAUGGAGUGCGAUGAUUAUGGGACUUGCGAACCAUGGAUAUGGAGAUGCUGCCCUUGGUCAUUUCCAUACUAUGAUAUCCGAAGGUCUUAAACCAAAUGGCAUAACCUUUAUAGGCGUUUUAAGUGCGUGCAGUCAUAUUGGUUUGGUUGACGACGGGUGGAAAUACUUCAACUCUAUGCACGAUGUAUAUGGACUAACACCAAAAAUCAAACAUUAUGGUUGUAUGGUUGAUAUUCUGAGUCGAGCAGGAGAAUUAGAUGCAGCUAGAGAUGUAAUUAGAAAUAUGCCUUUUGAACCGGAUGCAAUAAUUUGGAGAACACUAUUAGGAGCUUGUAAGAUCUUUAAAAAUGUUGAACUGGCCGAAGAAGCUACUAACGAAAUACUUACACUAGAAGCUCACACACACGAAAAUUAUGUGCUUUUAUCAAACAUCUAUUCUGAAGCCAAGAAGUGGGAUGAAGCUAUCACUUUUAGGAGCAAGAUGGAAGAUAUUAGAAUUCAUAAGGUUCGUGGGAGCAGUUCAAUUGAGGUUCGCCGUGCAGUUCAUGAUAUAGUUUCUGGUGAUUGAUAUCGCAUCCAAGAUGCUAAUGGAGAUUGUAUUGUAUGAAGUGUUAUGUCUGGACCGAUUCAAUUCGUAAAAGUUGUGAUCUUUUUCCGAGGUCUGGAUGGCUGGCCGGAAAGCGUAGCUUGGUGAGUAACUAAGAGGGUAAUGCAAGCUUGAAAUCUGAAUUGACCUGGUGAGUUCCAUAUGCAUAUCUGGAGAUGGUCAUGAACUUAUGUAGGUGGCUGAUAAGAACACUACAUCAUUACUCACUUCGUCCCAAACUAUAUGUCCAUUUUGAGAAAACACUGUUUUAGGGGGUCAUUAUCAUUACAUCAGAUAUUAGUCAGUUUACAGUUUUGCACCGAUUUUUGGAAAUGUAAUUUUAUGAAAAAAUGUAUAAAAAGUAUGUAAUGGUAAAAUAAGUGUUAUUUUUGAGAGUCAUAAUUUAUUCCAAGACAAACAAAAAUAGAAUAUUGACAUUUAAAUCAAGACGG